AUGACCUGCAGGGAGGAGGCCAAGGUCACAGCCCACCUCUCUGUGACCCCGAGGCCUGAGAGGAGGGCCUCUCCCCAGCAGCCCUUGGCCGCGGUGCGGGUCACGCUGGUGAGCACGAGGGGCCCGAGCGCUGAGGCCCUGCACCAGGCGGUGGGCGGUGUGAACAAGGCCCGCACAGCUUGGGCCCCAGGAGUGCGGGGCCCUGGGGGGCUGCGCCCCGGCCCCCAGGAGCAGGAGGGAGGCCAAAGUGCCGGAGGCCCAGGCAGCAGCCGGCCCCGCGGCCCCGCACAGCCGCAGCGUGGACGACGCGCGCCCCGCCCCGCGCCCCGCGCCGCGCAGCUGCCCCCCCCGCCGCGCGCUGGACCCCGGGCCGAGGAGGAGACCCCUUCCGAGCUUCGCCACCUCUCCAGCUGGCAGCUCCACAAGUGGCUGAAUGGCUGA